AUGAGGCAAAAAGGACAAAGCCUUUCUCUCUCUCUCACCCGCACACCCCUUUCUCUGCUCAAGCUAGAUAUUGAGGAGAAUAGAUCAGUGAAGCAACAGGAGAAAGAACAGCUGAAGACCCUCAACAACAAAUUUGCUUCGUUCAUCGACAAGGUUCGGUUCUUGGAACAGCAGAACAAGGUGCUGGGAACAAAAUGGAGCUUAUUGCAGGAGCAGAAACAGGUCAAGAGCCACAUAGAGCCUCUGUUUGAGAGUUUUAUCAAUAACAUGAGGAGAGAACUGGACACAAUAGCGGGUGACCGAAGUAAGCUGGAGUCAGACCUGACCAACGCAAGGGGCAUACUGGAAGAUUACAGGAAGAAGUAUGAAGAGGAGUGUCAUCGGCGAACAGCUGCUGAGAACGACUUUGUAACAUUGAAAAAGGAUGUUGACUGUGUAUACAUGAACAAGGCAGAGCUGGAAUCCAAGCUGACCAACAUAACAGAGGAAAUUAACAUUCUGAAAUGUGUUUAUGACAUGGAACUCCAGGAGCUGCAGGCUUCCAUCUCUGAUACCUCAGUUAUUGUGCAGAUGGAUAAUAGCCGAGACCUAGAUUUGGACAGCAUCAUCGCUGAGGUCAGAAACCAGUACGAAGAUAUUGCCAACAAGAGUCGCUAUGAAGCAGAGUCGUGGUACCAGUGCAAGUAUGAAGAGAUGAGAGCAACAGCUGGCAAGCACUGUGACAACCUGCGGGACACUAAAAACGAGAUUAUGGAGCUGAACCGUGUGAUUCAAAGGCUGAAGGCUGAAAUUGACAACGCCAAAAGCCAGCGGAACAAGCUGGAGGCAGCCAUUGCAGAAGCUGAGGAGCAUGGAGAGAUGGCCCUGAAGGAUGCGAAGGGCAAACUGGCUGAGCUGGAAGAUGCCCUGAUCAAAGCCAAGGCAGACAUGGCCCGGCAGCUGCGGGAGUACCAGGAGUUGAUGAACUGCAAGCUGGCUUUGGACAUUGAAAUUGCCACUUAUAGGAAGCUGCUGGAAGGAGAGGAGAGCAGGUUGUGCGGAGACGUCGGCCCCGUGAAUAUCUCUGUGUGUCGAAAUCAGGGUGGCUUUCUGUGUGAUCCUGAUCCAUGUAUCGGCGGGGGAUACGCCGCCAGCAGCAAGACGGUCCUCAGAGGGGGAGGGAUCCUGAGCAGUGGAGGAGGAGGAGGAGGAAGUGUGCAUGGCAUUGGCAGAACUUUUACGGCAGCCAGCGUGGGUGACCCGGUGGUCAGCUAG